CGUGGCGCUCCCGAGAGUUUACCUUGUUUGAUCCCAUAUUUCUUUCGGUCUGUACAUCCUGCAACCACGGUCCAGGAGUACUUUCUGCUUAGAACUUAGCCUCGGACUGCCUGGAGAGACCAGUGUGGUUUUGACUUCUUGUUCCCAUAACACCCUCCUGGGCACGCGGCGCCUGCUGGGAGCUGUAGUCCCCGCCCUGCUUACUGCGUUCGCCGAGGGGGAGGGCGGAGCUGCCGGCGGCCCGGGCGGGCUGGCAGCUAGAGUGGGUGCGAUAGCCGCCUCCGCCUUUACCGCCUCCGCCGUCGCCUCCUCCGCCCGGGCCGUUCGCUGCUGCGCGGGGAGUGCGAGGCGGGGCCGCCGGGGCCGCCAUGGAGCCCGACUCGGUGAUUGAGGACAAGACCAUCGAGCUCAUGUGUUCUGUGCCAAGGUCUUUGUGGCUAGGCUGCGCCAACCUGGUAGAGAGCAUGUGCGCACUGAGUUGCCUGCAGAGCAUGCCCAGUGUCAGAUGUCUCCAGAUAAGUAAUGGAACAUCAUCUGUGAUCGUCUCCAGAAAGAGGCCAUCAGAAGGAAACUAUCAAAAAGAAAAAGACUUGUGUAUUAAGUAUUUUGACCAGUGGUCUGAAUCAGAUCAAGUGGAAUUUGUGGAACACCUUAUUUCACGAAUGUGUCAUUAUCAGCAUGGACAUAUUAACUCUUACCUGAAGCCCAUGUUGCAGCGGGACUUUAUUACCGCUUUACCAGAGCAAGGCUUAGAUCACAUAGCAGAAAACAUUCUUUCAUACCUGGAUGCCAGGUCUCUGUGUGCAGCAGAGCUGGUGUGUAAAGAGUGGCAGCGAGUGAUCUCUGAAGGAAUGCUUUGGAAGAAGCUGAUUGAACGGAUGGUGCGCACUGACCCUCUAUGGAAGGGGCUUUCAGAGAGAAGAGGGUGGGAUCAGUACCUGUUUAAAAACAGACCCACAGAUGGCCCUCCCAAUUCAUUUUAUAGGUCAUUAUACCCAAAGAUUAUCCAGGAUAUAGAGACUAUAGAAUCUAACUGGCGGUGUGGACGACACAACUUGCAGAGGAUUCAGUGCCGCUCUGAAAAUAGUAAAGGUGUCUACUGUUUACAGUAUGAUGAUGAAAAAAUUAUCAGUGGCCUACGAGAUAAUUCUAUUAAGAUCUGGGAUAAAACCAGCUUGGAAUGUUUGAAAGUGUUAACAGGACACACGGGCUCUGUCCUUUGUCUCCAGUAUGAUGAGCGUGUCAUUGUGACUGGCUCUUCAGACUCUACAGUGAGAGUCUGGGAUGUGAACACGGGUGAAGUUCUGAACACAUUGAUCCACCAUAAUGAGGCUGUACUACACUUACGCUUCAGCAAUGGACUGAUGGUGACCUGUUCCAAGGACCGCUCCAUCGCUGUGUGGGACAUGGCUUCCGCUACCGAUAUCACUUUACGCCGUGUCCUGGUGGGGCACCGUGCUGCUGUCAAUGUAGUAGAUUUUGAUGACAAGUACAUCGUAUCUGCCUCUGGUGACAGGACCAUCAAAGUCUGGAGCACGAGUACCUGUGAGUUUGUUCGUACUCUGAAUGGGCACAAGCGAGGCAUUGCCUGUCUCCAGUACAGGGAUCGACUGGUUGUUAGUGGAUCAUCAGACAAUACCAUCAGGCUAUGGGAUAUUGAAUGUGGUGCCUGCUUAAGAGUGCUGGAGGGACAUGAAGAAUUGGUCCGAUGCAUCCGGUUUGAUAACAAGAGGAUUGUCAGUGGGGCCUAUGAUGGGAAAAUUAAAGUCUGGGACUUGCAAGCUGCUCUGGACCCGCGAGCCCCAGCAAGCACAUUGUGUUUGCGCACCUUGGUGGAACAUUCUGGACGUGUGUUUCGGCUACAGUUUGAUGAAUUUCAAAUCAUCAGCAGCUCCCACGAUGACACUAUUUUGAUUUGGGAUUUCUUAAAUGUGCCUCCCAGUGCCCAGAAUGAGACCCGUUCUCCCUCCAGAACAUACACUUACAUCUCCAGAUAACAGUCUGCACUUUACCCAUUACAGGGUUUCCUAGUCUUGAACUACUGGCUACGUGGCUACCAAAUGCCUAAGGAAGUUCUUCACAGCUGAGUUAUGAAGCUGGAAUUGGUUCUAGACGCUGGGUAGAUGCAAAGCAGCCUAACUCUUCAAGUACCGACAUUUCUCACCUCCGAUUCUGGUCUCUACUUUGAGAAGGAUACCUUAGCUUCACUGACUUCAAGUAGAACAGAAGCCCAUUUCCUCCCCCAUCAGUGAAAAAAUCUAAUGCUUCAAAUGUAAAUUGUUCAUAUAAAAGGAACGUACAGUCUGUUUUACAGAAGUUAAUUGACCGUCAAGAGAAGACUUGGCCUCUAAUUUAUAUUGCUUUGCACUUUGGUCUGAUAUUAAGAAACAACAUUCUUCUUCAGUGAAAUUUUGGGUGCCAAACACCUACCCAGAAUGUCCAGGGCUUUUCUUUUCAGAAAUUAGCAUUCUCCUUUUGACUGUCCACGUCAUUAUGAAUUCUGACUUGUAUUAGAAACAUGUUGGACAAUGGGAAAAUUUCUCUGGAUUGUUUUAGUAAUAUUUUUUGAAUUAUACUUCUUUUCUGUACCAAUUUUUCUUUUAAUUUAAAGAACUAUAAGCCAGGUUAUAUUAUCUCCCAACAGGUAAUAUAACUCUUUUCUUUUAUGAACUGUUCUCUGUACCCCAGCCAUCUGAUAUCUGGUAGAGUAACACCUUUAUGUGUGUGCUUGCCUCCUAAUUUAAAUACUGUACCCGCAUGUAGAUACAAUGUACAUAACAAUUUAACCUCAAGGUUGCUGGAGUCAGGGCCCCGGGCCUGAGACACUAAUACAGAGUGUGUUCACACUUAGCUGUGGGCUGGCUCGAGAACCUGAUCCCAGGGCUGAUGUGGAUUAACUAGAACCCUUCUUGCAGUAUUCAUACGGUGUUUUUAUUUUGUUGUUGUCAUUGUGUGUGUGUGUGUAGCGUGUGUGUUUUUAAUGGUAAUCUUGUUUUAAAAAUGUAAUUUCUAAAGUUUAACACAGAAUGUUUUAUUUGUUGUGCAGUAUACACAAUAGAGAGGUACAUUAACUUUUUUUUUUGUUGUUCUUCAUCAAUACUCCUGAGUACUAGUGGUCACUUUCCAUAGUAUUCAUUUGACUUCACUGUCAAAAAUUAUUUUUCUGUGUGUAAGUCACCCUGGAAAGGGAAGAACAAGAUGGCCCAGUUGACUGGGUUUCCUGGCUCUAGAUUUCAUGCAUCCUGGCCCAGUCAGGAUGUUACCAGGGCCUGGCAGGAUGUGGGAGCCUGUAUAUCAGGUCAGGCAGCUUCCAGGCCCAUCUGGAGUGGAAGGAUCUCCUCGUGGUGCAAAGCCUCAAGCUCAUGAACCCCAUCCCUGUCAUCUCUGUCACCUGCUGCUGUGGCCCCGGCAGGUUCUCCAAGCUCCCGAGUGCUGUGCAGCCUGGACACGUGAAUGGCACUCUCGCUAACCGUGCAUGGAAAGGACUUUGGCAUCCAGUUGGCACUUCUUUUCCCGUGUUUGGUAUUAGAUUUUGAUUUGCCCCUUGCCAUUGUUUCCAAAGAUCAAGGAAUGUCAUAACAUUUUAAAGGACCAAUAAGAACCUCCUGUUCAUUAAACCUCUUCCCGUGGAAGCACACUCUACUACUAUAAAGGGAAGGCCCCUGGGCUCUACUUUGUCUUUUGCAUUGAGAACGGUGUGGGGAUCAAUGUGUGUGUGUAUGUGAUUUGUUUUAUUGGGUUGGCUUUUGCUUCUUAGUUUUUCCUUUUUUCAACCCCCUCCCCUUGUUGCUAAAUUAAUUUUUGUUUUUGAGAAGUUGUGUCGCAAAGUAUAUAAAGAAAAAAUCCUCUUUUCAUAAGGUAGAUGUAUGCUUGACAGCAGUUGUGAAAAUGAUUUAACUUUGACCACUCUUCAUCCUCCAGCUUUAAUAUCAAACUGGUUAAGAGAGCCCAGGGUGGGGGUGGGGGGAGUGGGAGGAGGCUUUUCUUUUGACAGAAUCGACUUUGUGUUGUUGCUUUUGCAUGUUUAACAUAGAAAUUCUUGUUCCUUGGGAGAUCAUGGCCUUAGAAUAUGCACACAACCUUUGAAUUGUGCCUACUAAAUUAUGGCAGGGGACUUCGGCACCCAAGGAAUUCUGACUUUCUGGGAUUAUAAUUGUAAUUCCCAGCCAUUCUCUGGACUUUAUUUUGCUAAUCAUAAUUGAGCAAGUGUAAAUUACUGCUAUAUUAAUGUUUUAAAGCACUGGGAUAGUCUAAUUCUAACUUGUAAUUAAUUAUGUUUGCCAAUUAUCUGUUUGAAAUAAAUUUGUGUCUGAACAGCUAUUGAAACUGUUAAAUUGUACAGAUAUUAUUCAUGACAGCUUUGUACUGUGGAAUGUGCUUAAUAAAAAACAAAAAGUUUGAACUUUGUCCAAUAAAUUGCUAAGUAAUGUCAGUAAAUUAAGUAUGAGUAUUAUGCAGUACACCUAAUCUGGCUUCAUGCACUUGUUACUUCAGCUACUAAUUCAAAGCCAAUACUCUUAAUAAAGUGUUGCAAUACUCUGA